CCCGUCUUUUCGGUGCCGGCGGCGGCUACGCUGAGCUAGCGGCCCUACCCUCCCGGCUCUCGGUGCUUCCACCCGGCCCUGCACCCGCUCCAGCCAUGACGGAACAGGCCAUUUCCUUCGCCAAGGACUUCCUGGCGGGCGGUGUCGCCGCCGCCAUCUCCAAGACGGCCGUGGCGCCCAUCGAGCGGGUCAAGCUGCUGCUGCAGGUACAACAUGCCAGUAAACAGAUCGCCGCUGACAGACAGUACAAAGGCAUCGUGGACUGUAUAGUCCGCAUUCCCAAGGAGCAGGGCAUUCUCUCCUACUGGAGGGGUAACUUGGCCAACGUCAUCCGCUACUUCCCCACCCAAGCCCUCAACUUUGCCUUUAAGGAUAAGUAUAAGCAGAUGUUUCUGGGCGGUGUAGACAAGCACACACAGUUCUGGAGGUAUUUUGCUGGCAACCUGGCCUCCGGUGGGGCAGCUGGAGCCACAUCUCUCUGCUUUGUCUACCCACUGGAUUUUGCUAGAACCCGUUUGGCAGCUGAUGUUGGGAAAUCUGGUGCAGAAAGAGAAUUCAAAGGCUUGGGAGACUGUCUGGUGAAAAUCACAAAGUCUGAUGGCAUACGGGGCCUGUACCAGGGCUUCAAUGUUUCUGUGCAAGGCAUCAUCAUCUACAGGGCAGCCUAUUUUGGCAUGUAUGAUACAGCCAAAGGUAUGCUCCCCGACCCCAGGAACACACACAUCGUGGUGAGCUGGAUGAUCGCUCAGACUGUGACAGCUGUGGCUGGUGUGGUCUCCUACCCCUUUGACACUGUGAGGCGGCGGAUGAUGAUGCAGUCUGGGCGCAAAGGAGCUGACAUCAUGUAUAGUGGGACUGUCGAUUGCUGGAGGAAGAUUUUCAGAGAUGAAGGUGGCAAAGCUUUCUUCAAGGGUGCAUGGUCCAAUGUUCUCAGAGGCAUGGGUGGAGCCUUUGUGCUGGUCCUAUACGACGAAUUCAAGAAAGUCAUCUAAGUGUGUCUGUCUUCCUAGAAAUGGGAACAAGAGAAUCAUGUAGAAUCCUUACUUAACCAUUAUGGACCAUUGACCUUCAAGAAAUUCCUAUUGUUUUUACCCAAGCAGAUCAAGUCUGUAGAGGGCUAGGGAAAGCUCUAGAAAAGGGGAUCAUUGUGAUCACAUUUGACCAUUGGCACUGCUGAUUCCAUGUAUUGAUUAUUGGGGGGGAGGGGAAUCAUGACCAUCGUGGGUCCACAGGUGAGGCAGCUCAGCUACGCAGACCUAGAAACCCUCGAGUCCAAAUGCUUGUAGGAUCCUCAGUUGUGUUUAAGUAUUUAUUUAAAAAGAAAUCAUGUCUCCCAUUUGUACUUAAGCACUAUCUCCUUUUGCACAGCUGGAUAUUUGCAAUUAUGUUUUAUGUUGGGCAUUCUGCUGCAAAACAAUAAAUAAGCAGGACACUCUUAGA